GCCCGCGCUGCUCGGCCCGGCGCCGCACCGCACCGCACCGCGAGCCAGGGCCGGCGGCGCCGGUGCCCGGCAGCCCUCCCCCCUCCUCCUCAGCCAUGCCGCUCCGCUCCUGAGCUCGCCAGCCCCGCCGCGGCCGCCCCGUCGAAGUUUGGGGGAAGGUGGGCGGGGGGGUUGGAGGAGGAGAAGGAGGGGGGAGAGCGGUGUGUGAGAGGCGGCGCGGCCGCAUGCCCGCCGCGGACCCCGGCGCUCCGAGAGACCAGGUCCUGCUAGCAAGUCAUGAUGGUUGAAUCUGCCUCGGAGACGAUACGGUCCACUCCCUCGAGCCAAAACGGGGUCAGCAGCCUCAGCAACCAGCCCGAUGGCAGCGGGGGCGGCGCAGGUGGCGGAGGGGGCGGCGGGCGCGAAGGAGCCACGAGCGGGGAGACCAACGGCGAGAUGAGCCCCGUGGAGCUCCUGCACUUCCAGCAGCAGCAGGCUCUCCAGGUGGCACGUCAGUUCCUGCUGCAGCAGGCCACGGGGCUGAGCUCCCCCAGCAGCAAUGAGGGCAAGCAGCCAGCGGUGCAGGUCCCCGUGUCCGUGGCCAUGAUGUCCCCGCAGAUGAUCACACCGCAGCAGAUGCAGCAGAUCCUCUCUCCACCACAGCUCCAGGCUCUCCUGCAGCAGCAGCAGGCAAUAAUGCUGCAGCAGUUGCAGGAAUACUACAAGAAGCAACAGGAGCAGCUUCACCUGCAGCUAUUGACACAGCAGCAAGCCGGAAAGCAGCAACCCAAAGAGCAGCCGUUAGGGAACAAGCAGCUGGCCUUCCAGCAGCAGCUCCUGCAGAUGCAGCAGCUCCAGCAGCAGCACCUGCUAAACCUGCAGCGCCAGGGGCUGGUGAGCCUCCCGCCGGGGCAGGGCACCGUGCCCCUGCAGACCCUGCCCCAAGCUGUGUGUCCCUCAGACCUCCAGCAGCUCUGGAAGGAGGUCACGGCUGCCCAGCCCGUUGAGGACAGCAUUAAGCAAGAAGGUCUCGACCUCACCACCAACACCUCCAACUCUACCUCGUUUUCGGCCGCCAAGGUCUCGCCUCCCAUUUCCCAUCACCCUCUGCCCAAUGGACAGAGCACCAUGCACACGCCGAGAAGGGACAGCUCUUCCCACGAAGAGACCCCCGGCUCCCACCCGCUUUAUGGCCACGGAGAGUGCAAGUGGCCCGGCUGCGAAACCCUCUGUGAGGACUUGGGACAGUUUGUCAAGCACCUCAAUACAGAACAUGCACUUGAUGACCGAAGCACGGCGCAGUGUCGAGUCCAGAUGCAAGUGGUACAGCAGCUGGAAAUACAGCUGGCAAAGGAGAGCGAGCGUCUCCAGGCAAUGAUGGCCCAUCUUCACAUGAGACCUUCAGAGCCAAAGCCUUUCAGCCAACCUCUGAACCUGGUCUCCAGUGCCACCCUGUCCAAGAGCACUUCCGACACGUUCCCCGACGGCUUACCUCAUCCCCCCACCUCCGCCACGGCGCCCAUCACCCCGCUGCGGCAGGGCCCCUCCGUCAUCAGCUCUUCCACUUUACACAACGUGGGGCCCAUCCGCAGGAGGAACUCAGAGAAGUUCUGCACCCCAAUAUCUUCAGAACUUGCACAGAACCACGAGUUCUACAAGAACGCCGAUGUCCGGCCGCCCUUCACGUACGCCUCGCUGAUCCGGCAGGCCAUCCUGGAGACCCCCGACAGGCAGCUGACCUUGAACGAGAUCUAUAACUGGUUCACACGGAUGUUUGCCUACUUCAGGAGGAACACAGCCACCUGGAAGAACGCCGUGCGCCACAACCUGAGCCUGCACAAGUGCUUUGUGCGCGUGGAGAACGUCAAGGGAGCUGUGUGGACUGUGGACGAGCACGAGUACCAAAAGCGAAGGCCACCAAAGAUGACAGGGAGUCCAACUUUAGUCAAAAACAUGAUCUCGGGGCUGGGUUACGGAGCACUUAACGCGAGUUACCAGGCGGCGCUGGCAGAGAGCAGCUUCCCGCUGCUCAACAGCCCCACCAUGAUCAACACCAGCUCUGCCAGCGGGAUGCUGCACGUGGGCCACGACGACGUCAGCAGCACCGUGGAGCAGGUCAACAGCAACGGCAGCACCAGCCCACGGCUGUCCCCGCAGCAGUACAGCCAUCCAGUGCACGUGAAGGAGGAGCCAGCCGAGGCAGAGGACGACAGCAGACCUGUGUCCCUGAUGGGCCCCACCAACCAGAAUGUGACCAUUCCCGACGACAGGGACCUGGAGGAGGAGCUGCCGGUGGAAGACUUGUCCUAAGGACCCUUUCCUCCUCCUCACUGAGGGGCAAAACCCCUUCCCACCCUCCUGGCCGGAGCCCAAGCCACAGCUCCCACCUCCCCAGGGUGACCUCCGGCGUUAACCUGUUCUUUCAAGGCACUUCCACAGAGCAAAAGGGUUUCCUUGGUGCAACGUCCCGCUGCUGACGCUCCCCACGGCCCCGGCGCUGAGCGAGCCCUGCUGCAGGGGCACAUCCCAGUGCCAAGAGAAGCCAGAACCCAAGAGCUGGACUUUUUUUCUCCCCUCUUCCCUUGGUUAGUGACUGGUGAACGAGGAUGGUAGGUUGUUUCUGUCCGAAAAUGGUCCCUCCUCCCUUCCCCACGCACGGUAGGCACAGGGAAGGCAACUCUGUCCCCCCUGCUCUGCUGCUCCAGCGACUGGGAUUCCCUCCCAGGGCUAUGGCAGGAGCCUGCUGGCAUCUCUCCAUCCCCCAGUGGGCUUUGCACUAGGAGGGGACUGUGGACCCUGCCCAGGUGCUGCCUUCACCUGGCUUUGGGGGAAGAAGCAGCAGAAUCAGGGGCAAACCCCUGCCGUGGUCUGGAUGUCGGGUUUGCACCGUUGGCUCACGGCUGGAGGACGAGGACAUCAGCAGGACAGUGUCUCCUUUGCCUUGUCACCUCUGGCAGGUUGCUAAGCCCCCUCCUCAAGCCCCCUGGUCCCCAGUGGUGAGGGGCAGCUGGUGACACCCAGCAGUGAUGACCAUCCCCAGCAGACCACCAGCAAGGACACGGCUCCCCGCUUCCCCCUCAGCAUCAGCUGCGGCGGUGACGCCUCUCCCAGCCCCUGCAGGGGUGGCCACGGCCCAGCUUCGCCUUCAGGGAAAGGCUCCUGGUCCCCUGUGUGCCCAGUGCCACCUCCAAAGCCCAGGGCAGGGUCUGUGAGGAGAGGCCAUGGCACAGGGAGGCACCCACCGAGGAGCUGUGUUGGCAGAGCCGACGGUGAGCCACAGCCUGGCCGUGCUGCCAGGAGCAAAGCCCACCCUGGUGCCACCCUGUGCCCACUCUGCUGCUGCUGGGGCUUCCCCCCCUCCCCUCCCUUCAGCUUUUCUUUUUGUUAUCCCUUUGUGUGCAUCCAGAUGGGAAGAUACCAAAAGAUUUCUAGAGACAGCAGGUGGGUAGUUGAGCUGCACAGAUGGUAAAGAUGCCAAAAAAAGAGAAGAGAAAUAUUAAUAAUAACAAGAACAACACAACCAAACAGCCCUCUGCUCCCUGCUCUUUCUUUCUGUGGUGGUGGUGAUGUGGGUACCCAGUGCCAGGCUCCUCCUGCAGCCUCCCCAGUGACCAGCACCUUCCCUGGCACGGCCAGGCUGGCACUGGCUGUCCUGGCACACAGCGUGGGGUCUUGGGGCACUUGCUGUGAUGGAGGUGGAGCUGCUGUCGUUUUUUGAGCCCAGAUGUGUCCUGAAGCAGCCCUGAGUGCUGCUGCCUCCUCCCCUGUGCCUGGUACCUCGGGUUUUGGAUGGUGGGGUGGUGGGCACUGUGUCACUGCCCCCAGCACGUGGCCCCCUAGCCCUGUGCCAGGGUCUUGGGAGCUGUGUUUUGGGUUGGGAGGGGUGGGGGUGUGCUUGCUUCUGUGACAUCCUCAGGGGGCUCCUGGCCCUGUGGCAUUGUGCCCUCAGGAUAACCCUGUACCUCAGAUGAUCCUGUUGCAUCUUCAGUGCCCAGGUGGCUGCAGAGAUGGAGGCUCCCUGGCUCCCCCCUGUAGCCAUCAGUGAGGCUGAGUGAACCCCCCCAAGCCUUGUUCCCCCAGCAGGGAAGGAGGCACAGCCCAAUGGGGUUAUUAACAGGGGUCAACACCAUCCCUCCCCCUCCCCAGCUGAUGUUGCAGAGGGGCCCAUUUCCCAGCCUAAAGCCCCAGUGAAUGCCCCCAGCCCUACGUCUGGCUGGGCUGCCCUGAGCCAGCUGCCCCCCCUCCCCCUGUUUCACCUCACACUGCUGCCUCACUCACACCCUCACCACUGCCACAGACCCAGGACAGGGGCUUCACCCACUGCCCCUCACCCACUGGGCUCUGCCCCACACCAAAGACCUUGCCCAGACUGGGGGGCACAAACUGAACCCCUUUUCUUGCAGCGUGGGUGCAGCCCUGUCCCCCCUCUGUGCCCCUGAUGCUGCUGCGAGGCCAAAGGUGCCCCAGAUUGUUCCCCCCUGCUUGCUUUUCUGACUUUUGUUUUAAUGUCCUUUUCAUUCCUUUAAGUUAUUGUUUGAAACACGUUUACAGCUGCCACAGGGGGGGUUGGCAUCACCCAUUGCUGCUUUACCUGCAGGAAGGAGCUGGGGAGAGGGGGUCACAGCCCCUCCACUGCUGCUCAGCCACAGCUCACCCUCAGCAGGGGAUCACUUGCCCUCCCUCCAGCCUUUGGGGUCUUUGGCUUGCAAAUCACCCUUAGUGCUGGUGUCUGGGACACUCCUGUGUCCCUGGGGAGGGAAUAACCCAGCCUGGUACUGGGAAUGACCCAGCCUGGUACUGAUGUGGUUUGUCCUUUCAUGAAGGGGGAGGUUGUGCAGCCUGAUGCCUGUGGGCACUGCUGAUGCCUUGUGGGCACUGCUGAUGCCUGUGGGUACUGCUGGCACCAUGGGGCUCACAUGGGUGCAGGGAGGGCUAUGAGCCAUCACACCAAUGCUGCUGGCCCCAUCUCCCACCUGCUGCUGGGAGAGUCCUGACAGAGCCUUCCCCACGUCCCCUUGAGCUCUGCCUGGCUUCAGACCCCUCACUGUUUCAGGGAGGUGUUUCAGUAGCUGCUCCCCUUUGUUUGCUCUUCCAGGGGCCUUUCUCCUCACCUUCCUCACACUCUUCAGUUUUCCAGCAGCUCUGCAACCCCAUUUUCAGCCCAGGCCUUUAGCACCCACAGCCCCCUUUAGCACCCACAGCCCCCUUUAGCACCCACAGCCCAGGCCUUUAGCACCCACAGCCCCCUUUAGCACCCACAGCCCAGGCCUUUAGCACCCACAGCCCCCUUUAGCAGCCACAGCCCUUCCCUCUCAGGCUCCGAUUUCUUUGUUGAACCUUUUUGUUCCAGAGGUACAGACAUCCCCCAAAACACCUCCCAGGGCCAGGCUGAGCUACAUGCCUCCACAUCCCCACAGGGCCAACCCAGGGCCCAUCUGCCAUCACCCCCAGACCCCACAAGGCCACCCCAGCACCGUCCCCUCUGCCCUUGGUGUUCCCUGUAGCUGCCAUCCUGCCUCCAGAGAGCACUCUAGAGAUAUAUAUAUUAUAUAUAUAUAAAAUAUAUCUAAAUAUAAAGGAGUUUCUUUAAAGACAUGCCCAGGUUUGGAAAGCUCUGUGGCUCCAGAUGAAGCCUCUUGCCCACAGCAGCGAUCACAGGGGGUGAUUUCAGGGGACACAGGGCCCGGUUUGCUACUCAGGGGUAACUUUCACUCAUUCUCUUACCCCCUGCCCGGUCCAGCAGCCUCUGCAGGGUCUCAUCUGAACCCAGGUACCUUGUUUCUCCCUCUUCUUCAGCCUUGCCUGUGCCCACCCUUCUCCCUCCUCUGGUUUCUCUGUCUUUUGCUGGGUUGAGUUUUACCGAAUCCCACGUCUCUUACCUCAAACACACACCGGGGAGGGGGGUGGGGAAGGAGGGAUAAAGGACCAAAUGCAAUGUGUGGCAGAAUUGUAUGUCUGUAUAUAUUGAGAUAUAUAUAUACUGGGUUUCAACCUACCAACACAAAUUGUUCUUUUUAGGGUUUGUUUGGGGGGGUUUUGUUUUCUUUCCCUGUUUCUUGCCCCCUCCCCCAGGGCAGUUCUGUGAGGGGAAGCUGUGGGCACCUCUCUGGAAGUAAAGGUGUAUCUCUGGUGUCUCUCACUGAAGGAAUUACUCAGUUUCCCAUGGGUUUGGGGAUCUUUUUUCCCCUCAGUGAUUUCUUUUCUAGCAUGGGUGCAGCCAGUGGGGUCAGAAACCAGUGCUGAGGGGGAGGAGGUGCUGGUAACACUGGUAGCAGUGGGGAGGCUGAUGGGGAGGCCGAAGGGAAAGCAGCAGCUGAAACUGCAUUAAACCAAAGGGUUUCUUUGCUUUGUUUACACACCCAGCCAGCCUCACCACCCCAGGGGAUCUCCCUGGAUCUAGGGUUUUGUCCUGGAAGUGUUGGGGAAGACAGGGACAGGCCAGAGCCUUGGAGACCAUCUGCUCCCCAGAGCUGCUUGUGAUGGCCCUGGAGGGGGGAACCCAGGUGGGUGCCCAGGCUGGGAGCAGCAGAAGCACCAGCUUGGGCCACAACCUUUUCUUUUCCUCCCCUCUCCUUCCAUCCUUUUUGGCUCUGGGUGGGAAGGGGAUGUCUGGGGAGGUGGGCUGAGGCUGUGAGGGAGCUGGAGGGGAGGGAGGAUGUGUGAAAGUGGCCCUUUGCCUCCACUGCUGCCUCGCUGCCUCGUGCUGUAUAAAGGAAAUAGCAUUGCUGUGUAUUUGUACUCUGAACUUCCGUGUGUCUGCUUUGGCAGACGGUAAACCCCUGUACAGUAGGUCUAGCUGCAUGUAAUCUGUAUGGACAAUGGCAUUAUAAAAUGCAAUAAAAGAAAUUACCUAUCAGGC